AUGGUGGUGGCAAGUACAUCGGUCUUAUCUCUCACAGUGGCGUCGACUCUCCUCCAAGCAGGCAUUGCAGCCGUGAUCAUCUCCUCUUUUCUGGUCGACGCAGCCGCUGUAGCUGAGCGGAACUCAGCCGUCUCAGAGGAUAAGAACGAUCCCACGAGCGGAUCAAGUGGCUCCUGUCCUCAAAUCUGGUCUCAAGUUGCCUCUCAGCUGAAAUCCGACUUCUCCGGCUGCAACGACUUCGCCCGGUCCGCGAUUCGUUUUGCUUUCCACGACGCUGCGGGCUACUCUUCCUCAAACUCCCAAUACGCUCCAGCCUCAGGUGGCGCUGACGGCUCCUUGCUGUUGAACGACGACGAGAUCUCCCGCAACACUGAGGCGCCCAUGAAAGAGAAUUAUCGGGAUCCAUACCUCCUGCCAUUCUACCAGAAGUACAAAGGCCAAGGCGUAGGUGCGGCUGACCUUGUGCAAUUUGCGGGUGCGGUGGGAAUCAAGAGUUGUCGUGGCGGACCAACGGUUAGGGCGGUCGUGGGCAGGAAGGAUUCGAACCAGGCGGCACCGCAGGGGACAUUACCUGCGGCAUUUGGACAGGGAAGUGAUUAUGACUCGUUGAUUCAGCUUUGGGGCCAGAAGGGGAUCAGUCCGAGGGAGUUGGCAGCGUUGAUGGGGGCGCGUACUGUGUCGAUCAGCUUCACUGAGGACGCCAAUGGGAUACCACCAGGAUCUCCCCAAGACUCCGAUCCUACCGUGUGGGAUAACCACUAUUACACCCAGACACAAUCGCAGAAAGAGCCGUGGGGUGUGCACAGCUUUGCUUCAGAUGUGAAUCUCUCUAAUGCCACCACCGAGUGCGGUCAGGCUUUCACAGACUUCGGCAAAGACUCAGCGACCUGGAUCUUGAAAUUUUCAGCAGCAAUGCAAAAGCUCAGCUUGCUCGGCAUCGACUCAGAGACAGUUUCUGGCUUCACAGAUUGCACCUCGUUGAUCUCGUGA